UACGUCUGCAAAUCUCGCACUCUCCUUAUCAAUAUGUAUUACUUAGCCUUAGGCAUUAGUCUGUUGUAUCUUAUGGGACUAGUCACAUCUAGUGCCGGUGAUCCGACAAUGGUGCAUCUUGGACUGAGGAGAUACAAUAGAAUUCAUCGAAAUUCCAUCGAAAAUUACACUGGCCAUGUACGAAGUAUCAAGGGCACCGCAGAUAUUGCACUUAGAGAUGUUCAGGAUCUGUACUACUACGGGACAAUGGAUGUAGGCACUCCUCCGCAGACGAUCCGAGUGCUGUUCGAUACUGGGUCUUCAGACUUGUGGGUUCCAUCCAACAAGAUAUGUAGCAAUGAUACUAAUUACUGCAGUAACCACAACACCUACACACACAACAAGAGUUCUACGUACAAGACUAGCGGGAAAAAGUUCCAUGUGAAAUAUGGCAGUGGUGAAGUGUAUGGUUUCGUCUCCCAAGAUAACAUAGCGGUAGCCAAUCUUCAGGUUCAAGAUCAAACUUUUGGUGAGGCGACGUUCAUCGAUACUCAAACUGCUGAUUCACAGUUCGAUGGCAUUUUCGGGCUCGCCUACCCUGCUAUUUCCGAAAUGCAGACUAACCCUCCUUUUGUGAACAUGAUCAAACAGGGAGUCGUUAAUGAACCCGUCUUCGCAUUCUAUCUCAAUAAAGCAAGUGACUCGUCAUCGGGUGACUCGUCAUCUGGUGAAGGUGCUGAGUUGGUCCUUGGAGGUGUGGAUCCUAACCACUAUACCGGAGACUUCACGUACACUCCUGUAAUCGAGCAAACAUACUGGAAGAUACAAAUCGAUGGCAUUACGUUGGGAUCUAACGAGAUCUGCUCUACCUAUCCCGCCAUCCCAGACUCCGGGACCAGUCUGUUGUAUGGGCCUUCAGAGUUUACCGAUCAGAUCAACCAGGCUAUAGGCGGUGAAGAGAGUGACGGAACUUAUAUCGUGGACUGCACAACAAUAGACAGCUUGCCAGAUGUUACGAUCUACAUUAGUGGAAAGCCUUUCGUACUUCACCCUCAGGACUACAUUAUCUCGAUGCCAACAGAAAGUGGAGAAGAUGUCUGUGUGAGCACAUUUAUUGGCUCCGACAACCUCUCAUUCUUUAUUCUGGGAGAUGUGUUUAUGCGCAAGUACUACACGGUGUUCGACAUGGGGAACAACCAGGUUGGGUUUGCCCUUGCUCAGUAGACAAGAACCGUCCACAACUGUGUGGCUCAGAUGGUCGAGGAUUAACAAUGGAUUGCGUCCCAGUACUUGAAUUUGCAUCUACAUUAUUAUGAUAUAUUAUAUAUAAGUUAAAGAAUGUAGUCGGAUGGAUUAAAGUAAAAUAAAUACACUUUAAAGUCA